AUGAGUCAGUCAUCUUUAUCUGAGUCUCAAUAUGACUUUGGGAAAUUGUCUCUUACGAAAAAGGAGUUGAAAAUCAUUUAUAACAAUUUGUUUCAGAGCAUAGUACAUAAGCUUAGCCUACGAUUUCCACCCACGGAUCCAAGAUUAGAAGCUGUCACAAACGAAGCAGAGACAUAUUUAGCAGACACGUUUCAGCAGCUAGUUAAAGGACUACUAGUUGACGGUCAGGAUGUUAGUUCGAUGUCAAUUAACGAGGUGUUGAAAGUUGAUGGACAAGAUGAUAAUGUUGAAACAUUCGACUCUUCGAUAGAUAACAAGCUUAAACAAAUCCUUAUCAAGAAUGAUGAACUAGUAGUAGAAGUGACUAGAAUGAAAAGAACAUUACCAAUGAAAGUGCAGGACUUGUAUCAGGAUCUCACGAGCUCGAUUGAGGAGGAGGUCUCAGAUGUUUUGAAAAUUAUCGAUGAGGAAACGGAGGAGUACAGAGUUAAUACUCUUGGAGAAGGUAUUAGUGGUACUAAUGGGAUCAGCAAUGCUCGUCAAACUCUUGUUGACGACGAACUUGUACAAUUCAACUUCGAUGACCUCAACGACACUUAUAGGAACUAUCUAGAGUUUGCCGACUCGUUGAAUAAGAAAUUACCUAGUUUGAAGCUGGAACUUCAACGAUAUUCAAAGACUGUCAACUUUUUAAAAACAAUGCACGAACAGCAGAACCAACAGUAG